UUUCCCUGUAAAGUAUUCCGCCAUUUUUGUAUUAGACAAUUCUUGUUUCUGACUUUGGAUGUAAGGUUUAACUUUAUCAGUUAUCUUCAGCUCAUAAGUAGUAAAGGUUAUAUUGCCUUUAUAACAAUAUAGAUAUGGGACAUUUAUAAUGCAAUCCUGUUAUUUUGUAUGUAAGUCUCGUACAAACAGCUGAACUGAACAUGGGUAAUGAAGAGAUAUUAUAUGAAGAAAGCUGUAAUAAAUUGUUCGUCAAAUUACCAGACAGAUGGGAAAUUGUAUGGAAAGUAACCAACUUGGUUAUGGCAGUUUUCUUCUUCUUGGCUGCUUUUGUUAAUCACAAUGACAGUGAUUGGUACAUCUGGAUUCCUGUCUACCUGUUACCUGCCAUUCUGACUAUUCUCAUCGCUGUUGACACUAAUAUUACGGAAAAUAAAUAUUGGAAGAAUUUGGCUUUGGUGCACCUGCUGAUGUGUUGUGCUUUCUCUGUCUACCAACUUAUCAUCCUACAUGAAGUCUACAAUGAUAAAUUCUCCAACCCACUUCGAGUGGAGGAAGGACGAGAAUUUGUUGGUCUUGCCAUAAUAGUUUUCUGGUUGUCUGUGUGUCGUUUCAUGUCCCUGCCCAGCCUCAGUGGACAGAGAACCAUAAAGGUGUUGUUUCUUUUAUCUGUUGGUGUAUCCUUGGUACCUCUGUUUUCCUGGGCACUCUGCUAUGUUGGCAACUGGCACCAGGUCUUAGGGCACUGCAAAGGAAUGUUUGAAUCUUGAUUGAUCACUUGGUUGAUCUGCUUGGAACAGGACCGAUUAUAUACCAGUUACGUGGGAUUUCUAUGUGAACUUCAACAACAAAAAGCCUCUCUCUACACCUGAAACCUCUGUGAUAUACGAUAUAUUUACAUCACAUUCAUUGACCAUGAUCAAGUGACAUAACAUGGUACAGUGGUGUGUUCUCUGUAAGCCUGUAUCUCUGGCACACUGUCAGUUCCUACUUGGAACCACAUCAUUUCAUUUAUAUAGUAAAAGAUCCAUAAACAUCACCACUACUAUUUUACACACCAUUUUAAAAUAUAGGCUUCCUAUAUACAUAUAUGAACAAAAAUGAUUAUUAGCAAUCAGAAAAUAGACUUUGUGCAGCUUGAACUCACAAACUUUUAGUUUACAUAGGCUAAAAUUUAAUCAUCUGUGGAAUAAGUAUUUAAACUUCAUUUGAAGGUUCAGUCUUUAGCCAAAUAUGUCUAUAUAUUAAUUUCUUAUAUACACAUAGAUACAGGUUUUACUAUAUAUGUGUGUGAUGGUAGUGGGGUUGGGAGAUAAUUAUGUAUGGACUUCAUACCUCUCUUUAGAGCUUUAGUGGGUGAAUUUUGGUGGAGGAAAGGUGUCUGGAGCCUCUUUAAUAGAGUGUUCAUGUUGUUGGGUGGUAGACUCAAUUCAUUGUUUGACACCAGCAUCUAAUCACCAAGCCAAGUCAAUGGUUUAAAGAUAAUUCCCUCUUUUCCUGCCAUCAGUCUUAGUGACCACCCAAAAGAGUCAUCAUUUCCUCUCUGCAUAAACAAACUAAUAAUAAAGUAAUUGCAAAUUUGUAAAAAAAAAAAAUGAUAUGACAGACAUAUGAAAUAUAUGUCUUGUUAAAACUAUGAGAAUAAAGUGGGCAAAUGAAAUCAAGUCGUUAAUUGGAUACCUAUAGUUUAACGACAACACUCGUUACACAUAGUGUAUAGAUUAACCCUGUUGUAAUAUUCAGAUUAAUUUAUCAAAUGUAAUGCUUAUUUAUUAACAUUUAAAAAAAUUAAUCAUGCUGUAUCUUGUAACUUCAAGAUUUUGAAGAUGUGAUUGUUUAAGUUUAGAAUGACAUUGUAGGGUAGGUGUGCGAGGCUGAAUCCAGCCAGUUUCAACAUAAAGCUGGUAGAAUAUCUGGGUCGGUAAUGGCUAGUUUAAAUGUUAAAGGGUUAAGCAAUAAUAAUGAAAUACCUGAAGAUGAUUGCAUGUGUAACCAGUUGAAAUUUAUUACAUAGCAUAACAAUGUUACAAAGAUAUGUCUAAUAUGAAAUCUCAUGAAUCUGUUGCAUUAAAAUUCUAAGUUAUGAGCUUCAAGUUGUUGAUAGUAGAUUAGAGUUUCACAAUUAAAACUGAUGGCUAUGACUGAUAUUUAAGACAUGUAGGUAUAAUACUACUAUUUAUGACUUGCAAUUGAAAUCCACUGUUAUGAUCAGUCCCUACACUAACAUUCCGAACUUAUUGUUUGAUUGACACUGUAAGAAUUUAGAUGACUAUGCUGAUACUGAAAACUGAAAAGCUGAGUAUGCCACAAGCUUAGAAAAUGUAAUAGUUUCAUUCCCUGGCCAAAUCUAUUUCAUUUCAUUAACACUAAUUAAGCUUUUGCAAAAGGUAUAAAUAUUAGAAGUCACAUUUCUCAUGCCCACAUAAUAUAUGUUAUUAGAUUAAUAUUUAAGAUCAGUAUAUAAAAUCAAUAAUCCUAUGCAUAGAUUAUGAUCCCACGAUAAUUCUUCCACAUCACAGUAUAAUUAAAUUCAAGUCAAUCUAUUCAAAAGUCAGGUGUUUAUAUAUUUCUAUACAAAACCCCACUCUGACUGAAACUGACCUUUUUUUUUUCCAAAUUUGUUUCCAUUGAAAAUAUUUUCUUGUUUAAAAAAUUGAGACACUUGAUAAUCAUGACCAAACACUCUUGGAUUAGAAUUUCAACAAAUUUUGAAACAAAAUGGAAACUGCCUUAAAAUUCCAAUAAAUGUUUUAAGUUCUGGAACUCUAAUGCUGAUUUUCUGAUUUUAAUUUGAUGAGUUUUCAUUCCAUUUCUUGAAAUAAGGUUCCAGAGCUGAAGAAAUCAGCAAAUAUUCCUCAGUUGAUAUAAUCCCAGUAUAUCCUCAAUAUAUUUCCUUGUGAUAAUGACAUAUGAAUUAUAAAAUUGAAGAAAUAAAUGUAUUUAUCUGCAAAUA